UAGGUCCUUUUUCAUGUUGCGGGCGCAUAAAGUGUCACAUUCUUUCCUUGCUCGUUCAGUUCACUGUUUGCGUGCCUCUUUUUCUCCUCUUUGGCCUUGCCUGUAAUCAUUAUAUACAGUGGCGCCUAAGCAGGCUUCGUCGUUCAUUUCUUCAUAGGCUGGCCCCUACUUUGACAACCUAAACCAAUCUCUCAGCUGGCUCUGACGACAUUUUGUAUAUACUAUAAACUCUAAUACCGCAUCUGGCACUCGAAUUUCGAUUAAGAAGAGAGGGAUACAGGCGACCAGAUAAUUUAGGGGCAUAUCGAGCGAAGGCUCCAACACAGGAAGCGAUGUCUAGAAACCCUUAUGCUUUGGAGGAGGAUAGGCCGUCCGAGAAAUCACGAUGGCCACCAUUGACGAGGAUGUUAAUGUCUGGAGAGAUAAAUGCGGAGGCGAAGAGGCAAUACAACUGGAAAGAGCAAUAUAACAAGUGGAUGGUCAACGAAGGAUACAGGCGAUUUUUCGUCUUCGUCUUUGCAGCCAUCCACGCAAUGGUCUUCGCCUUCGGUUUCAUGAAUUACCAAUUGAAGGACAGUUUACAAAAUGGGAGAGAUACGUUUGGAUUCACAUACCCAAUUGCCAGAGCAGCAGCUCUAGUCCUGCAUUUCGACAUUGCAGUGAUCCUGUUCCCCGUCUGCAGAACACUUAUAUCACUGGCACGCAAAACGCCACUAAAUGGCAUUAUCCAAUUCGACAAGAAUAUUACCUUCCACAAGAUGACGGCGUGGUCGAUUGUCUUCUUUUCAUGGGUGCAUACAAUAGCACAUUGGAACAACUUCGCUCAGAUAGCAGCAAAGAACAACCUCGGAUUCGUUGGGUUCCUAUUGGCGAACUUCGCGACAGGUCCAGGUUGGUCCGGAUAUGUCAUGUUGACCGCCCUCAUGGCUAUGGCCAUCACGUCGAUAGAGAAGUAUCGGAGGGCGAAUUUUGAGCGUUUCUGGUACACGCAUCAUCUCUUCGUCGUCUUCUUCCUCUUCUGGUCUAUCCACGGCGCGUUCUGCAUGAUCAAACCCGACUUCGCGCCAUUCUGCGUGGCCAUCGGCUCCUCUGCCAUCGGCGUCUUCUGGCAAUACUGGAUGUACGGCGGAUACAUCUAUCUUGCGGAACGAAUUGCUCGCGAGAUUCGUGGGAAACACAAGACGUACAUCUCCAAGGUCGUCCAGCACCCUAGCAACGUCUGCGAGAUUCAGAUCAAGAAGGAACAUACCAAGACCAGGGCAGGACAAUACAUCUUCUUCUGCUGCCCCGAGGUGAGCCUAUGGCAGUACCACCCCUUCACCCUUACCAGCGCACCUGAAGAGGAUUACAUCUCCAUCCACAUCCGCAUGGUCGGCGACUUCACCAAAGCCGUCGGCAAAGCCCUCGGCUGCGAAGUCGACCGACCCCGCGGCGGCGGCGCCAAAAAAGACGCCUCCCAAGUCGUAGGCGUCAACAAAAGCAGCCCCGACGCAAUCUCCGUGGACCCCGCCCUCCGCCGCGUCCUACCCCGCGUCUACAUCGACGGCCCCUUCGGCAGCGCUUCGGAAGACGUCUUCAAAUACGAGACCGCCGUCCUGGUCGGCGCCGGCAUCGGCGUCACACCCUUCGCGUCAAUCCUCAAGAGCAUCUGGUACCGCAUGAACUACCCGCAGAAGAAGACGCGGUUGCGGAAAGUCUACUUCUUCUGGGUGUGUAGGGAUGUUGGGAGUUUCGAGUGGUUUAGGAGCUUGUUGCUCGCGAUUGAGGCACAGGAUAUGGAUAAUUAUAUUGAGAUCCAUACGUAUCUUACCGCGAAGAUUCAGGCGGAUGAUGCGACGAAUAUCAUGAUCAAUGAUGCGAAUGCGGAUCGUGAUGCUAUUACAGGGUUGAGGGCGCCGACGAAUUUUGGGAGGCCGAAUUGGGGGGCCGUGUUUCGGAGUAUUAGGAAGAUUCACAGUCCUGGCGCGAGCGGCGUCUUCUUCUGCGGCCCAAAGAGCCUGGGCUCCUCGCUGCAUGUCAAGUGUAAUGAGUAUUCCGACCCGGAUUGGUCAUACGUGUGGGGUAAGGAGAAUUUCUAGAUGUCCAUAUUCACCAUCAUUUAUCAUUCUGUAACCUGCUUGGGCAUGUAUCCUUUUCUUGUCCAGCCUUGAAUUUGGGGCAGCGCUGCUGCUGUGGGACGAAAUGAGCAAUAGAAUAGAUACCACCAUGAAGAGAAAUAUAUACCCCUUUCAAGACAGUCGUGGUUCCGUGGAUGUUGGGGACUUGAUAUCUGGUUGUGCUACGCAGCGG